AUGGCACGUCGCCUCAGCGAGUCGGAGAUAUACGGCAACCAGAAUGACUACGCGCCAUCAUCAACCGACGGUCACGGCACCACACGACGGCCGGUCUUCACUCAGCCGCACUUCGAAAGCGAAUUCGACUGCAUCCCCAAGGACAAGACAACGUUUGGCGAGAAGUUAGUGGACGCGGUGCGCAAGCGAUCGCAGCCCAAGCAGUUCCAGAGGCGUCUCUUGGAUCUCUUGCCCAUAAUUGGCUGGCUGGGUAACUACAGCAUCAAGGGGGACCUGCUCGCUGACGUCAUCGCUGGGGUCACAGUCGCCAUCUUCCAUGUGCCUCAGAGUUUUGGGUACGCCAUCUUAGCUGGUGUUCCCGCAGUGAAUGGUCUCUACACAGCCAUGUUUCCCAUGCUCAUGUACGCGCUCUUCGGCACUUCCAAGCAGCUCUCUAUCGGGGCCUUCGCCGUCGUCUGCAUGAUGACCGGGACCGUGGUAGGUCAGUACGGCUUGGAGUACGGAGCGGCCAACGUGGCGGCAACCCUCAUGUUCUUCGCUGGCAUCUUCCAGCUGUUCUUCGGCAUUCUGAACCUGGGCGGAUUGAGCGUCUUCCUCUCGGAGCAGUUCGUGAGCGGCUUCACGGCGGGAGUGUCGGUCCACAUUGGCUCUAGUCAGCUGGGAAGCCUUUUCGGGUUCGACGUGGGAAACUUCUCCGGACCGUUUAUGCUCAUUCGGAUUUACAUCUCUUUCUUUGGGAAGAUAAACACGACGCACCUCCCCACCUUGGGCCUGUCCUCCAGCUGCGUUUUUCUGCUGCUCCUUAUCAAGCUGGCGGUUGACCCUUUCGUUGAGCGCAAAAUCAGGAUGCCCAUUCCAACUGAGAUGAUCUUGGUAAUCGCAGGAACACUCCUUUCUCGCUACCUCAACCUAGAAGAUAAAGGAUUUGAUGUCAUUGACGACAUUCCUGAUGUUUUCCCUACGCCGGCGGUGCCUGACCUCCGAGUUGAUUUGGUGUCCAAGGUUGCUGUAUCUGCCCUGACAAUCGCCUUGGUCAGCUUCGCCAUAACUGUGUCUUUGGGUCGCAUCUUUGCUAGGCGUCAUGGUGACGAGAUUGCGCCCAACCAGGAAUUUCUGGCACUGGGGAUGUCUAAUCUCUUCGGCUCCUUCUUCGGCUGUAUACCAUCUGGUGCGUCCGUGCCACGCAGUUCAAUUCAAGACAACGUGGGCGGUAGAACUCAGCUCGUCAGCCUCAUCAACUCCGCUUUGAUUGCCAUUGUACUUUUGUAUCUUGGGAGCUACUUAGAGAAACUGCCAGUGGCGGUUCUGGCUGCAAUCAUCUUUGUGUCUCUGAAAAAAGUGUUUAUGCAAGUCCGGGAUUUCAUUAAUUUCUGGAAGUUUUCUAAAAUCGAUGGAUACGUGUGGCUGGUGACAUUUUUCUCAACUAUCAUCCUCGAAGUUCAGCUGGGCCUGGUUAUCGGGGUGGUCUUCUCACUACUCACACUUGUCUACAAAAUUCAAAGGCCUAAGACCUGUCUCCUGGGCCACAUCCCCAACACGGAUUACUAUGUACCCCUCAAGAAGUAUGGAGUGGCGAAAGAAAUAGGUGGAAUUAAGGUAUUCCACUUCGGCGGACCUCUGCAUUUUGCCAACGCCGAAUUCUUCAGGGCGGAAUUGUCACGCCGGACGCUGGUUUCUGUCAGAAAGGUGAUUGCAGCACGGAAGAAAAAUGCAGACAGGACCCCAUCACUUUUUCGUGUUUGUAUAUUCAGGCUUUUUCGCAUGACUGCAUGA